AGUACCUUUUAUUUAUUUUUUUCUUCUAGACACACUAAAAGUGACAAAAAAACCUUCAAAUUUAACACCAACCAAUCUGUAAAAUGGCUGCUGUUUCAAAGACGUACAUCGGGCUGAGCUUGGGUAACCACAACUCGGUUAUUGCUAUCAUCAACAAGGACCACCGGGCCGAAGUAAUUGCCAACGAAGAUGGCGAGCACAAGACGCCCACUUACGUUGCGUUCUCGGGCGAAGAGGAAUACCACGGAUCUCAGGCCAAGCACCAGUUCGUGCGCAACGCGCAAAACACAAUCAUGGGAUUCCGUGACCUCCUCGGCAAGACAUUUGCCCCCGAGAUGAACCAGCUGCACCCAGGAUUUGCUCGGAUCGAGGAUAGCGAGGGAAAGCCCGUCUUUGUCAUUGAGACCGAGAACGACAACGGCGAGACCCAGAAACUGCGUCUUUCGGCGCACGAAGUUACCGUCCGGUACUUGGCCAGACUGCGCACUACGGCCGAGGAUUACUUGGGCCGGAAGAUCGAGGGCGCUGUGUUGGCCCUGCCGGUGUCGUUCACGAAGGAGCAGAAGGAGUCUGUGGCGGCGGCUUGCGAGGAGGCCGGCUUGCCCCUGCUGCAACUCAUUGCCGAGCCCAUUGCCGCUGCCAUGCAGUACGGUGUUGGCAAGGGUGCGUCGCACGUGGAUGCCAAGGAUACCCUUGCCCUGGUUGUCGAUGUCGGAGGCACUGGCUCCGAUGUCACCCUUGUGGCUGCCCGCGGUGGCCUGUACACUAUUGUUGGCAGCACCCACACUGAUGCCGUCAGCGGCGACAUCGUUGAUGACGUCCUGGUCAAGCACUUUGCCGGCGAGUUCAAGCGCCAGUACAACAUCGAUGUGCUCCAGGGCAACCCCAAGGCUGUGCGCAAGAUGAAGGAGUCUCCUGGCGAGGGCCUGGACUUUAACGGAUCGAUCCAGCGCACACGCUUCGAUAUCAUGAGCGGCAAGGUGUACACCCCCCUGCUGGAGUCCAUCGAGAAGGUCAUUGCUGACGCUGGCUACACCCCGGCGCAGGUCGACCAGGUUCUCCUGUGCGGCGUCCCGCAUUGCCGGUUCUUCCCUGAGACCACCGAGGUGCGCGACGAGGGCGAGCUUGACGAGGUCAUUGCGGCCGGAUGCGCGGAGCAGGCCGCCCUGAUUGCCCAGGGCAGCGUGGUGGCCCCCAAGGAGGCUGCGGCGGCGGAGGAUUUGGCCGUUGAGGCGUUGGCUAAGCCCCUGGGCAUUCAGCUCGGCGAGGACAGCUUUGUCCCUGUGCUGCUCCAGGACACCCCCCUGCCGGCGUCCCGCUCGGUCAAGGUCGCGUUGCCCCAUGGCCAGAAGCGCGCCUAUGUUGCCGUUGCUGAGGGCGAGGCUGUUGCCCCUAAGCCUGAGGAGGAUGACGAGGACGACGAGGAGGAGGAGGAGCAGGAGGAGCAGGCUGCUCUUCCCCUGUUCCGCCCCGCCAAGCUCCUGGCCGAAAUGGUCCUGGAGCUCGACCAGGCUGAUGAGAACACCCGUGUUGUCAUCACGUUCUUUGUCGGCACUGACAGGAAGCUCACCGUCACUGCAUCAGAGCCUGUCUCCGGCAAGUCCAUCACUGCUGAGAUCCCCCAGUAAAAAAAUAAAAAUAAAGCCUUAUUACUUAGCAUCUUCUAUAGAAGUACAUAAUUUUUUUCUAAAUUUUUUUUCUGAAUCGAGCAUAUUUCAAUAUCCC